AUCACGCAAGGGGUGGCGACGUGGAAAACAUGGAGGAAAGGAGUAUGUAGAGUAAACUUAAUUGCUUCAAAUUAGCUACAAAUUCAAGUAUUCGCCUUUGGAAAUUACAGUUAAUGAAAACAUUGGACAAAACUGUUAAUUAGCUUAAAAAACAGCCGCCAUUAACGGUCCUGGGCGCCGAGAGAGCCGCGGAGACUGCGAGCAGCAUUUAUGACAGGAUUUGGCAUAUGCCUGGUGAAAAAGCAGUGAAGAGCGGUGAGUCUGGCUGACUGGAGCCAGUAGAGAUGGGAGCCAACACCAGCCAGGUCAGUGACCUGUCCGAUAACCCCAGCCUCAAGUCCCUGGUAGGCACGGAGUCUAUAUCAGAGAAUGACCCUUUCUGGAACCAGCUCAUCUCCUUCACCUUCAUCAGUCCCACUAGCAGUGGAGACUCCAAGUUACUGGAAGAGGCUGUCAUCCCCCUCGCCAAGAUCCUCAUUGAAAACAAUCCCAGAACGGGGAACUUUGGCGCUCUUGUGAGAAUUUUCCUGGGAAGAACCAAAGAGCUGAAAAUCUCUACAGAAUGCCAAGAUCAGCUGUUUAUCUGGCAGGCCCACAACGCUCUGUUCAUGAUUCGCUGCCUGCUCAAGGUGUUCAUCAGGGAGAUGAGCGAAGAGGAGCUGCACCUGCAGUUCUCCUACCAGGAGAGGGCACCAGGCUCCUGUGGAGAAACAGGCAGAGAGGACCUCCUCGAGGAGCUGUUGUCCAACCUCAUUCACCUGAUCGUAGAAGUGCCCCUGCUUGACAUCACCUAUAGCAUCCUGUUUGAAGCAGUGACCACGCUGCUGGUAUUCUUCUCCUAUCAGCUCUUCCACAAAGACAUCCUUCGAGAUGGAUUAAUCUACCAGCACAUCAUGAAGGGACGAUGUUUGUCUUUAACCAGUCGGCUGGUGAAGACCCUGCUCUAUAACUUCAUCCGGCAGGAGAAAUGUCCACCUCCAGCAACCCACAUCUUUGAGCCGAAAGCGGAGGGAGGCCUGCUUUAUGGCCUGGCGUCAGGGGUGGCAAGUGGGCUGUGGAGUGUCUUCACAUUGGGUGGAGCCAGCAGCAAAGCUGGGAUAGACCAGGAACACAACCCCUUACCUUUAUCCAAUCAGAGCCUUCUUUUACUGCUGGUCCUAGCCAAUCUGACAGAUGGGCCUGACUGGCCCAACCCCUACCGCCAGGCUAUCACUUGUUUCAGAAACACACAGGACACAUCGUCCAUGUCCGUGGAGCAACCUCACACUUUCCAGAUCAAUUUCAACAGCCUGUACACAGCGCUGUGUGAGCAGCAGCGCUCCGACCAGGCCACACUUCUGCUGUACACCCUCCUUCACCAGAAUGCCAACAUGAGGACAUACAUGCUCUCCAGAACCGACAUGGACAAUCUGGUGUUGCCCAUCCUCGAAAUCCUUUACCACGUCGAGGACAGAAAUUCUCAUCAUGUCUACAUGGCCCUCAUUAUCCUCCUCAUCCUGACAGAGGACGAUGCCUUCAAUCGCUCCAUCCAUGAGGUGGUGUUGAAGAACAUUUCAUGGUACACAGAGAGAACACUGACUGAGAUCUCACUUGGUAGUUUGCUCAUCCUGGUGGUCAUCCGCACCAUUCAAUUCAACAUGACCCGGACAAGGGAUAAGUACCUUCACACCAACUGUCUCGCUGCACUUGCUAACAUGUCAGCCCAGUUCCGUUGUCUCCACCAGUACGCCGCUCAGCGCAUCAUCAGUUUGUUUGCUUUGCUUUCCAAGAAGCACAACAAGGUUUUGGAGCAGGCAACACAGUCACUGAGAGGCAGACAGGGAGACAGCACAGCCUUGCCCGACUAUGCACAGGACCUGAAUGUGAUUGAGGAGGUGAUCCGCAUGAUGUUGGAAAUCAUCAACUCUUGCUUGUGCAACUCUCUACACCACAACCCCAACCUGGUGUACGCGCUGCUCUACAAGAGGGAGCUCUUUGAGCAGUUUAGGACACACCCAUCCUUCCAGGACAUCAUGCAGAACCUGGACACGGUGAUCGGCUUCUUCAGUCAGCGUCUGGAGCAGGCGGGAAGUGACCUGUCUGUUGAGAGGGUUCAGGAAGUCAUUAUGAAAGGAGCCCAGGCCCUGCCCACAGACAGACUGAAGAAGUUUCCAGAGCUCAAGUUUAAGUACGUAGAGGAAGACCAGCCCGAGGACUUCUUCAUCCCCUAUGUCUGGUCCCUGGUCUUCAACUCUGGAGUCGGCCUCCACUGGAGCCCGCACGGCAUCGAGCUGUUCAGCAUGGACUCUGGCUGAAGCACCUGCUGCAGCAGACUUGAGUGUGUCAUCAUCCCCGUUCAGUAUAAAAAAAAAGACUGACGGCAUGUACAAGUGUGUGUGUGUGUGUGUGUGUGUGUGUGUGUGUGUGUGUGUGUGUGUGUGUGUGCGCGCGCGCAUUGCCCUUUAUAGUAUGUGCACGCUGCUUUGAAAGUGCCUCGACCUUGUACAGACUGGUGUUUCUUUUUAUGCAGCACAACCUGUUUUUUUUUCCUCCUCAUAUCAUAAGAAUUUCUCUGCUUCUACACUGUGAAGCUUCAUCUUUACUGGUUAACAGUUCACACAGUAGCGCCCACUUUUGUCGGUCAGUCCUGUAGGGAGUACCUAGAACACCUGAGCAGCUUCAGCUGGUUCCACAGCACACGUCGAGUUACAUCUCUUCUGUUAAAUGUUCUGUUAAUGUGAGGAGCUCAGGACACUGGCGAUGGAUAAUCCUACUUUUUUUUUUCUUGCUUACAAAGAAAAGGUCAAUUAAAAAACAUGCACCUAAGAGUUAAACUGCUCUGGUUCAUUUACUGCUGCACUGAAUGCUAAGAAAUAGACUUCAUAUUAAAGACCUGGAAGGCAUACAACACACAUUUAGUAAUAACUUUAUGAGAUACUUAAAACUCAAUAUCAUAUAAUUAGCAUUUUAUUUUGACCAAUGUUCUCUGGAUACAAGGGGUUUGUAUAAAAGAUUUGUGUUUGUGAAAUAAAGUUUAAAAAAAAAAAAAGGUCAGAGAAAGAACGAUCAUCAACAGAAAGUCCUCUGUUUUGUAACAUGCAUGGUUUUCAUAUUUGAGUCCACCACUGUUGCUUGGUGGCCACCUCCAGUAGACCACUUUGAAUUACAGUAUAAUUAAUGCUUAAUUUCAGUCCCUGGAUAAUAUUAGCAGUCCGCAUUGCUCUGAUUAGUGUGACUUCAUUGUUGCUUCCAGCCCGUUUAUUUGACUUUACUCAGUCUUUGUCGUUUCCAUUUUUCCUGAUGGUAACCCAAGGCAAGUACUUAAACUAGGACAAGUCAUUAAACCUCCUGUCCUAUUGUGCGUAAUUACAGUUGUCUCUUUGAUUUGUCACUUUAUUUGCAUGUUUAAAUAGAGACUUUGUAUUAAAUUAUUUAUUUUCAUGUAUACUGUUUUUUUUUUUGUUUGUUUUGUUUUUUUUUUAUAUUCAGCACCCCUCAAAAUGUAAAUGGUAGUAGGACUGAAGUGACUUUUGCUUAUGAAAGAAAAAUGGUGGUACUAUACUUUGAUUUUUUCCCAGGUGGGAAACUGGCUUUAUAUUAUUACAUAUAAUAUGACAACAGCUGUCAUUUUGUGGCAAAUAUUACUUUGAAAAUAGGAGUUUAAAUAAAAAUAUGAAAUUGAAGCAA